AACGGAAGAAAAAAAGCGGCGAGCGUGACGUCAAAUCGCGAAUAAGCGCGUACGUCCUUGAACGUCAUGCGGACGUGUCUGUGUCACGCUCCCCUAGUGACGCCACCCGCUGUGGUGCACAGGUGGCCUCGUGCAGGCAGGCGGACCGUCCACCUGCCAGCAUCCAUCAUCACAACGAGUACAAUGAAAGCUGCGCCAGGAGAUUACCUGCUGUGGUGUGCCCUCAAAGCCCUCGUCCGCCUUCGUCGCGCGAGUGUAUCUCUAUCCACGUGGGCCAGGCUGGCGUCCAGAUCGGCAAUGCCUGCUGGGAGCUUUACUGCCUGGAACACGGCAUACAGCCGGACGGACAGAUGCCCAGCUCGAAGGCAUACGGAGGUGACGGCUCCUCCAACACCUUCUUCAGCGAGACCGGAUCGGGGAAACAUGUCCCCAGAGCGGUUUUUGUGGACCUGGAGCCCACAGUCAUCGAUGAGGUGCGCACUGGAACCUAUCGCAAGCUCUUCCAUCCCAAUCAGCUGAUCACCGGCAAGGAGGAUGCGGCCAACAACUAUGCCCGCGGCCACUACACCAUCGGCAAGGAGAUCAUUGACCUGGUGGCCGACAAGAUCCACAAACUGGCCGACUUGUGCUCCGGCCUUCAGGGUUUCCUGGUAUUCCACAGCUUCGGCGGUGGCACCGGCUCCGGUUUCACCUCCCUGCUGAUGGAGCGUCUCUCUGUAGACUACGGCAAAAAAUCCAAGUUGGAGUUCUCCAUUUACCCGGCUCCCCGGGUGUCGACGGCAGUGGUGGAGCCGUACAACGCCAUCCUGACCACGCACACCACCCUGGAGCACUCGGACUGCGCCUUCAUGGUGGACAACGAGGCCAUCUACGACAUCUGUCACAGGAACCUGGACAUCGAGCGCCCCACGUACACCAACCUGAACAGACUGAUCAGUCAGAUCGUGUCGUCCAUCACCGCCUCCCUUCGCUUUGACGGCGCCCUCAACGUGGAUCUGACGGAGUUUCAGACCAACCUGGUGCCCUAUCCCCGCAUCCACUUCCCUCUGGCCACGUACGCUCCCGUCAUCUCCGCCGAGAAGGCGUACCACGAGCAGCUGUCGGUGGCCGAAAUCACCAACUCCUGUUUUGAGCCGGCCAACCAGAUGGUGAAGUGCGACCCCCGCCACGGCAAGUACAUGGCCUGCUGCCUCUUGUACCGCGGCGACGUGGUGCCCAAAGACGUCAACGCCGCCAUCAACAGCAUCAAACACAAGCGCACCAUCCAUUUUGUGGACUGGUGCCCCACCGGCUUCAAGGUGGGCAUCAACUACCAGCCGCCCACUGUGGUCCCCGGCGGAGACCUGGCCAAAGUCCAGAGGGCCGUGUGUAUGUUAAGCAACACCACUGCCAUCGCUGAGGCCUGGGCCCGCCUGGACCACAAGUUUGACCUCAUGUACUCCAAACGCGCCUUCGUGCACUGGUACGUGGGCGAGGGCAUGGAGGAGGGCGAGUUCACCGAGGCCAGGGAGGACAUGGCUGCCCUGGAGAAGGACUAUGAGGAGGUAGGGGCCGACUCCAUCGACGACGGGAGCGGAGAGGCACAAGACUUUUUUUAAAAAGACCUAAAAGGAGAUGAAAAAAUUCAACAGCAUUUUUGUCUCGUUUUAAAUUAAAUGAACGCUUGUCUUUAAAAGCAUUGCUGCCAUGUUAGCAACAUAAUAAGCAUUAUGGCUAAAUAACAGUUGAAAAAUGAAAUGAUGUGACCUAGCAGCAAUGUACAGUCUUUCACCCACGCCACUUCUAAGGACAUUUAUUGAGAAUCGGUAGUUUCCUUGCAUGGAAAAAGAAAAUAAACCUCAAAG